AUGGAACAAUUAAUUCCUAUGGUCAAUCGACUCCAGGAUGUGUUUACCACAAUGGGUGCUCGAUUCGACUUAGAUUUACCCCAAAUAGCUGUUGUCGGUUCACAGUCAGCUGGUAAAAGUUCAGUGUUAGAAAAUUUUGUUGGAAGAGAUUUUUUACCACGUGGUGCCGGGAUUGUCACAAGGCGACCACUUAUUUUACAGCUUAUUCAUUAUCCUCAUGGAGAAUACGGUGAAUUUUUGCAUAGUAAAGGAAGAAAGUAUACGGAUUUUAGUGCCAUACGUACUGAAAUCGAGGAGGAAACAGAUCGAAUGACAGGUACAAACAAGGGCAUAUCACGCGUACCAAUUAAUUUGACUAUUUAUUCCCCUCAUGUGUUGAAUUUGACAUUAGUUGAUUUGCCAGGCAUUACAAAAGUCCCUGUUGGUGAUCAGCCACCAGAUAUUGAAGCACAAGUUCGUGCAAUGAUUCUUGAAUUUAUUAGUAAAGAUAAUUGUUUAGUAUUAGCUGUUACACCAGCUAACAGUGAUUUGGCUAAUUCGGACGCAUUAAAAUUGGCAAAAGAAGUUGAUCCAUCCGGCUUAAGAACAAUUGGUGUUAUUACAAAAUUAGAUUUAAUGGAUGAUGGUACUGACGCUCGUGAUAUUUUAGAAAACAGACUACUACCUCUUCGACGAGGAUACAUUGGAGUUGUUAAUCGUAGUCAAAAAGAUAUCGAUGGACGAAAAGAUAUUAAAUCAGCAAUGGCUGCUGAACGACGAUUUUUUAUGACUCAUCCAUCUUAUCAACACAUUGCCGAUCGUAUGGGUACAGUAUUUUUACAAAAAACACUCAAUUUACAAUUAACAAACCAUAUUAGACAAUGUUUACCGCAACUACGAAAUAAAUUACAAGGACAACUAUUAACAAUGGAAAAAGAAGUUAUGGAAUAUAAAAGUACACGUCCAGAUGAUCCACAAAGAAAAACAAAAGCUUUAAUGAAUCACGUUCAUGACGUUGGAAAAGAAUUUCAAUCAGCAUUAUUAGGUUCAAAUUUAAGUGAUGUUAAUUUACAAGUAUUAACCGGUGGUGCAAAAAUUGCAAAUAUAUUUCAUGAACGUUUUCCUUUUGAAUUAGUCAAGAUUGAAAUCGAAGAUAAAGAUAUGCGUAAACAAAUUGUUAUUGCCAUUAAAAACAUCCGUGGCAUCAGAGCUGGCUUGUUUACACCCGAUGAAGCCUUUGAAUAUGUUGUACAGAUUCAAAUAGCUAAAUAUCGUGAACCAGUUCUUAAAUGUGUUGAUCUAGUUAUUUCAGAAUUAUUGAGUAUUAUACAUCAAGUCACAGAAAAGAUGGUUCGGUUUCCAAAUUUGAGAGAAGAAAGUGAACGUCUAGUAACACAAUAUUUGCGAGAACGUGAACAAGCAACAAAAACGGCAUGUUUAGAGUAUGUACAAUUUCAAUUGGCUUACAUAAAUACAAAUCAUGAAGAUUUUAUUGGGUUUGCAAAUGCUCAACAACGCAGUGUAAACGAGAAUAAACGUCGUCUAGCAAAUCAGGAACAAGUCAUUCGAAAAGGAUGGCUUCGAAUUCAAACCGGUGCAAAUUUUUUGAAAGCCAAAGAUUUCUUUUUCGUUUUAUCAACAGAAAGUCUGUCUUGGUUUACAGAUCAAGAAGAGAAAGAUAAAAAAUAUAUGGUGCCGUUAGAUAAUUUAAAAAUCAAAUCUGUUGAUAGUGGAAUGAUGUCAAGACGUAUACAAUUUGCAUUGUUUAGUACAGAGCCAAAUCGCAACGUAUACAAAGAACAUAAGAUGCUUGAAUUAUCGUGUGAAACACAAGACGAAGUUGAUGGUUGGAAAGCAUCGUUUCUUCGUGCUGGCGUUUAUCCUGAAAGAGAAACACAUCCAGAAGAUCAAACUACGCCCGAUAUUGGUACAGUGGAUCCUCAACUUGAACGACAAGUGGAAACGAUUAAUAAUCUUGUUGUAUCAUAUAUGCAAAUAGUUACAAAAUCAACACGAGAUAUUAUACCAAAAAUGAUCAUGCACUUGAUUGUAAACAGUUUGAAAGAGUUUAUAACAAUCGAUUUAUUAUCACAACUUUAUAGUACUAAUCAGGAUCAAGGUUUUCUUAUGGAAGAGUCUGCUGAUGAAUCGAUGAAACGAGAUGAAAAAUUAAGGCAUUACGAUGCAAUUAAACAAGCAUUAGAGAUUAUUGGUGAUAUAAGUACAAGAACAGUUUCACUACCAGAUGCACAAUUGUAUGAUCAAAAAUUUUUUAAACCUCCAAGUCCAAUUCAGCAACGAAAAAUGCAAGCGCCUAAUCUAGUAAAUCCAGUGACAACACGUGAACCACCACCACCACCAAUGCGUCCAAUGGCAGCUAAUUUUAAUACACCGUCCAAUCCAUCACCACAGCGUCCACAAUCAAACAAUCUCUUUGGAUUCGAUCCUUUUGCUACUACCACUACAUCCUCUAAUACUUCAAAUGGUGCUUAUGCACCAUCUUUACCAUCACCACUAUUAAAUGUGCAAGGCAGAGCGAGUCCUCAGUCUGGUGGACUUCCUCCACCAUUAUCUUCAACGCCCACACGCUUUAAACGCCAUUGUAUCAAAGAACAAGGAAAUAAUAAUAACAAUAAUCAAACUGAAUCAUGUGUGAUAUUAGCCUUUACAUUACCCCUUGAAUAUAUUCCACUUCGUGAUUUGACUGAUGGUACAUUUUUUCAUGGUGGUAUCGAUACACCGUCAAUGAAUGCCAAUGAUCCACUCUUAAAACAACAAGUACAUAUAACAAAAUAUCUUUCGUUACAAUCAAAAACAAUUACAAAACAAUAUUUAUCAUAUUUAUAUGAUCGUUUAAUUCUAACAAGUCAGUUAUCACACAUUAAUGUUCGCAAAGUCUUAUAUUGGUAUCUCGCUGAUGGUUGUUUAUAUUCGAUAACUGGCUGUAUAGAGAGGUCAUUAAGAAUCGCCAUUGAAACAUCAACUUUUUCUCUUCAUCGUAUACAUCAUAUUUCAUUACAAAUUGUCAGUGGUACGAUAUAUUUACAAGAACAUGGCUUAUGUCCAUUAACGCCAUGGUAUACGACAAAUAUUGAACUGACAAAAGAUGACCAUGUACGCUUAUGUUCACCAACGAUCUCCACAACCAAAUUUAAUGGCGGUAGUUUGCAAUAUCAUCAUUUAUGGAGACAUGCUCCAGAAAACUUGAUUCAAAUGAUAUUAGAGAAGUGUUAUCAACCGUGUCGUUCAAAUAAUGAAUUUUAUUAUUUAAAAUGUGAUGUUUGGUCUAUCGCGUGUAUUAUCGUUGAAAUGUUGAUACAUAAUGGGAGUGUAUUAUUUCAACCAGCAAAUGAUGAUGUUUGUCAACAAUUAUUAUGUAUUGUACAAUAUGUUGGCGGUUUGACAUCAUCCAUUUUAGAAUUAUUUCCAUAUCACAUAAAACAGGCAUUUAAUAAUAUUGAUUUUGACAGUAAUCAACUACGUUUAGGUUAUAUGUUAAAAAGUAUAUUUUCCUAUUCAACAGCAACUCAAUAUAUAUCUCAACAAUCGACAUUAUAUACUAAAGAAAAUCUAUAUGAUUUAUUAGAAAAUAUGUUUCAAUUUUUACCCGAUAAACGUAUAUCAUUGACUAAUAUUUUGCAUCAUCCAUUUUUUUCAUCAUUACUAAAACCAAUAACAAAAUCAGUAAAUACUAAAUGUCUUUGGAAAUCUCAACAACAGUCAACUCGAACAAUCAAUGAUCUUAUACGUUUAUGUAUCGGUUUAGAAUUACAACAACCUCGGUGGAUGUUAACGUUAAAAGAAAAAUGUUUAUUUCGUAUAUUAAUCAAUUUGCCGAAUUUUAAUCAAUUUAAUGGAAAUUAUUUUUAUUCUCAGUCACAAUUUUAUCUAAAUGAAUCAUUAUAUUAUGAUUUAAAAAAAUUGAUUCACUUCGUAACUGGACAAUUUCAAACUUGA